ACAUGCUUGCCAUACUCACAUAAAAUUCAUAAAAGAUCCGAAAAUAAAAAUAGUAAAAAAUAAAAAUAAAAAUAACCCCUGUUUGUAGAGAGAGAAGAGAGAGGAGAGAGAAGGAAGGCAGAAAGAAUGGGUAAGGUAGUGGAGAGGAAGAAGAGGAAGAAGAAAGGACGUCCCUCUCUAUUAGAUCUCCAAAAGCGAAGUAUCCAGGAGGAAAACCAACACCAACAAAACUAUCCGCAACAAAAACGAAACCCUAACCCUAAUUUCAAAACAUCCCCAAUUACUCCUACUCCCAUCCGUCGAUCCACUCGCCGGAACUCUAAUACCGACGAGAUUUCUCAGGCGGAGGAGAACGCUGAUACCGCCGGUGAAGACGAUGACGACGAAUUGAGCGGGAAACGACGAGAGAAGAAGCUCAAGUUCGUGCUCAAAUUGCCUUCUCAGAGGUCGUCCUUGAAUUCUACGUCCCCCAAUUCGGGUUCGUAUAAUUCUGAUUCGAACGCCGAGGACGAUGCUGUGGCGAAGAACCACAAGAAGGGAAGGAUCAAUGCGAUCGGUGAUGGAUCUGGUCAUGAUGAUACCGAAAAGGCAGGAAAGCAUGAUUUGGCUUCCAAAACUACGAACGCCCUCCAAGGGACUCAAUUGGACAUGGGAACCAAAACGCCUGUACCAGAUAAGAAGUUGUUGCUGUUCGUCUUGGAGAGGCUUCAAAAGAAGGACACUUAUGGCGUGUUUUCUGAACCGGUGGACCCAAAUGAACUUCCAGACUACCAUGAAGUCAUAGAACAUCCCAUGGAUUUUGGAACCGUGAGGAAGAAUCUUGCGAGUGGAGCUUACGCUGACUUGGAAGGGUUCGAGAAAGAUGUUUUCUUGAUCUGUUCGAACGCAAUGCAGUACAAUGCUCCGGAUACUAUUUAUUUUCGACAGGCACGGUCAAUACAAGAGCUGGCAAAAAAGAACUUUGAAGAUUUGAGGCAUGAUAGUGAUGAGAAUGAACCAGAACGCAAAAUAGUAAAAAGAGGCAGACCGCCAACCAAGAAUCUUAACAAACAGAUGGUCAGGCCUUCUUUGGAUCGUUCUGGUUUAGAAUUCUCCUCAGAUGCAACCCUUGCUACUGCGGCUGAAAACACCACUUGGUCCAAUUAUCUGCGGAGAGGACCCGUUCUAGAGAAGUCUGGCCUUGCUGAAUUUUCAGGACGAUCUUUACUUGGUUCUCGCUAUGGUGAAACUUAUUCUGGUUUGUUGCCCGAGCACAAAUUGGAGAGGAACGAUGAAUUACCAGGUUCAAUGUCAAAGGGGAGUUGGAAGCAGGGGAAGAAACUAGUAUUAAACGAAAACAGGCGCAAUACAUACAAGCAAUCCCAUUUACUCACUGGUGGGCAAGAACCAUCUGUUUUGUCUACGUUUGAUGGAGAGAGAAAGCAGCUAAUGCCUGUUGGCAUUCAGAAGUAUGGUUAUGCAAGGAGUCUAGCUCGUUUUGCUGCAAAUCUGGGGCCUGUCACCUGGAAGGUUGCCUCGAAGAGGAUUGAGAAGUCUUUGCCUCCUGGAGUUAAUUUUGGUCCCGGAUGGGUUGGAGAAAAUGAAGCAGUGUUACAGAAGUCUCCGCUUCUUUCUUCCCCUCCAGUUCACCUGUCACCAUCUAACUCCUUUUCCCCGCCUGGAAAUUCAUCUGAGACUGUUACUCCCAGCACGGUGGAAAUGAAGGCUGAGAAGUCAUCAAAUGAUCCUGAAAGAGACUCUUUAUUAGAGAAGCAUGUGCCUUCUUCAACUGUUUCAGCCGUAAACACCAUUCCAAGCCAGUCUCUCCUUCCAUCUCCAGCCGCCACCUCAAGCCCCAUUGUUGCAAAUGGAUCUCCUGAACCCAUUGCAGGAAGUGCAGAACCUGUUAGAGGAUUCAACUCCCACUCCGGUUUUGAUAGACAGAGCAGCAAUCUUGGUGUGAGCAGGCCGGGGCCCUCUCAGAUACAUCCGAAACCAGUAUUUCAAUCUGGUAUGAAUGGAUUUAAGGGGGCUUAUCCGUUUCACCUUCCAGCACACAUGGGAAGAAUGAUGGGAUCUGUUAAACCAACUGCCAUCAACCAUCAGUCCCCCUAUGUCGAAUCAACAAUGGACGCCAACUUCGCCCAUCCAGUGACCACAAAUAGCUUAAAUUCAGAAGACUCCAAGUUCUUGGAAAAUACAAAUUCAAUAAACACCGGCACCUCCUUGCCAAAUUCAGGGCACCAUCCGCAAGGAUCUUGGCGAGAAGUGCCCCUGCAGCGGAAAUCAGAUUCGGUUCCACCUGACCUAAACGUCAGAUUCCAGUCACCAGGGUCUCCUAGUUCUAGCAGGGUUGAUCCAGUGCAGCCUGAUCUGGCGUUACAACUUUGAGAGUAAUUGUUGUAUCGUCCCUUCGGUGCACACCUAACUGUACUGUAGGUAGUGUAGUCUUUGUACAGAUUAAUGUAUCCCUAGCAUUGUAGGUCCACAGGCAAAAAAGUUGUUAUUUAUAACAUUUGGAAACCAUCAUUUAGCAGGAAUUUGUUUCCGGAUACUGUAAUAUGUAUACCCUUUUUUCUUUUCAAAGUUGCUGCUAAUUUAAUAAUGUAUCAUUUUUUUUUUUUUAGGCAUAAGCCAUUUGAGGACUCCAAAAUGUGACAUCAAUGCAAGCUUUCAAUAUUCAGCUGUAA